CCGCUUUUCCGGAAGCGCGGGAUUCUUGGUCUGUGUUGGGUUCGCUCAGGCAGCGGUACCGUGGUACCGUUAGGGGCUCCGUUUCUCUGAGAUUUUACGGUCCUUUGAGGUGAAAUGGCUCCGGGCGAGAGAGGAACCAGCGGUGGCAGUGGAGGGGCCGCCACUUUCUCAGGCUCCCCAUAGGGAGGAAGCAUGAAGGCCCCCUGAGCUGUUCGGACCUGCGCUUAGUUCAUUUGCAGUGAUACUGCCUCCCGCGAAGAUGAGCUCGGUCUGGGUCACCGCUUUUGAGAAGGAGCAUCUCUGGAAGUAUCUGCAGGCGCUCGGUUUCGAGGCAGGCCCGGCCACCGUUGCCUGCGGAAAGAUCGUGUCUCACACGCACCUCGGAGUGAACAUGUUUGACAAGCUGAAUCGUGAUGCUUUUCAAAUUGUUUCUUAUUUUUUGUUCCAAACGUUGGACAAAUCUCUCACCAAAGAAGUUUUCAGGCAUUGUUGGCCUCCAUUUGACCAAAAAAGUGACACCGAAUUCCGGAAACAUUGUUGUGAAUGGUUAAAAAGGAUUUCUGCUGAAUGUGGAAGUAGCUUUCCUCAAGUUGUUGGUUCACUAUUUCUUUCUCCUGGUGGUCCUAAAUUUAUUCAUCUGAUGUAUCAUUUUGCAAGAUUUGUUGCAAUAAAAUAUGUAAAAGCCCAUUCUAGAAAUUCAUCUAUACAUUAUACGGAGACAUUUAAUGUAAAGCCACAAGACAUGCACAAAUGCAUUGCCAGAUGCCAUAUAGCACGCAAUAGAUUUUUACAUAUUUUGCAAAGAGAAGAUUGUGUUAUCCGAGAGUAUCAGGAAAAUGCACAGUUGUUAGUUAAACAAGUACGAAAUUUGAGAUCAGAGUGUAUGGGACAGGAAAACCAAAUAAAAAAAAUGGAACCUUAUGAUGACCAAAGUAAUAUACAAGAGAAAAUCCAAAAGGUUCGGUCUUUGUGGGCUUCAGUGAAUGAAACACUCACAUUUUUGGAAAAAGAAAGAGAAGGUGUUGAUGCAGUCCUUAGUCUUGUUAACCAAUAUACCUUAGAUGGAACUAACGUUGCUAUCAAUAUUCCAAGGCUCUUACUUGACAAAAUUGAGAAACAGAUGGGUCAGUUGGACAUCGGAAAUGUUUAUGAGGCCGGAAAAUUGAACCUGUUAACAGUUAUUCAGUUAUUAAAUGAAGUGUUGAAAGUAGUAAAACACGAACGUUAUCAGGCUGACCCAGCAAGACUGACAGUAGACCUUCAGUUCCUUGAAAAAGAGACCAAACUGCAGAGAGAAAGAUUAUCAGAUCUGAAGCGUAUGAGGUGUAAAAUAAAAGAAGAUCUCACAACUAUCAGACAUUUUGUUGCUGAAAAGCAAGGAGAGUGGCAUAAAAAGUGGAAAGAAUUUCUUGGUCAGUCUCCUUUCAGUCUAGUUAAAGGUUCGGCUCCAGUUGUGGAUCUUUUACCACCAAUGCCUCCCCUUUCGUUUGAUCCUGCCUCGGAAGAAGUGUAUGCUAGGAGUAUUCUUUUGCAGUAUCCUGCUUCACUGCCAGAUAUACCUAAGCAACGUAACGAAGAAGAUGAUCGCAGGAAAGCCAGUGAUAUACCGGGAACUGUAUGUGAUAUAACCAACAGACCUGCUUCUUUCUUGUUGCAGCCAGUUUCAUCGGGAAGAAACAGUGUUAGAUUGCUUGAAGAGGACAUGAAGAUAAGAACUCCUAGAGAAGGAAAUGAAACACCUUCUAAGGAAACACCAAAAUUUGAAAUGGAAGACUCUUCUUCAUCAAAUACUGCAAGAAAUACAGAGAAUACUGCAUUUGCAGGGUCUCUGCCAGCUAAAAACAGUGAUCCAUUCCAAAAAGAGCAGGAUCAUUUGGUAGAAGAGGUUGCAAGGGCAGUUUUAUCUGAUUCACCAGAGCCCUCUAAAGGAAAAGAACUAAAAUUAGAGGAACUAAUUGAUACUCUCGUUGCUAAUCCAUUCUUAACAAGGAACCAAAUUCCCCGAACGCCAGAAAACUUGAUAAGUGAAAUUAGGAGCUCAUGGAGGAAAGCUGUUGAAAUGGAAGGUAACGGAAGUACAGAACUGAUUCAGAUGGAUACCGAAGAUAGAGAAGUAUUGCCAGAAUCCGUAUCCGUGUUGCAUAACCAAAGAGAAUUUACCAGGACCAGUUUUCUCUCAGCAACCACUGUAUCCGAUUCUAGCCAUUGCCAUUCACCCGAAGAGAAAGUUGUUUCCGAUCGCCUCAAGUGUCUGCCUCAGCAACAUGCAGGGACCAGUCACACUGAUGGACUGUCAACACUGCCUCAAUCAGAUUUGUUAAACAAGAAAGGUUUGGAGUGUACAGUGUUACAGGACAGGCGUUUAGACAUUAGCCAAACAGAGGCAUUCUCCCCUGCUCUAGGUAAUAGGAGAGUUGUGAUGGGUAGCAGUGAGGAGGAGUAUGUUAAAAUAGCAGACCACUCCAAAGCUUCUUACAAAGAACCUUCCAUGCAUAAGAGUAUGUUAUGGGACUCUUUUCAAGUAUCAAGUGGAAUUAGUUCCAGGAGUUUAAAGGAUAUUGAUUUUGGCAUAUUACAUGAAACACUUCCAGAAGAAGUUGGUCACUUAAGUCUUAAUAGCUCCAGUAGUACAGAGGCCAAUUUUAAACUGGAACCAGAUAGUCCUAUGCACAGUGGCAUUUUUCCCGAAGAUGCUGUGGGAGAAAGACCGACUACUCCAGACUCAGACUUUAAUUUACAGGCUAUUUGCCGUCAAUACGAAGCUCUGAAAAAAUCUCUGUCCAAGAAAAGAGAAGAAACUGACUUUUCUAAUCCUCAGACACUUGAAAGACACACACCAGAAUUGAGCCCUACUCCCACAAACAUGCAGACAGAUGAUAUGCUUGACUUUUUGGGCAGUCGUGAUUUGCACACUGACUAUCCAAAACGGUCUUUACGCAUGUCCCUUGGUGAAAGAAAACGGUCUCUUUCACCAUUAAUUAAGUUUUCUCCAGUGGAACAAAGAUUGAGAACCACAGUACCAUGCAGUUUUGGAGAACUUCUACCUAAUUUAAAAGAAGAAGAAAUCUUGAAUAAGGGCCUUGAUGCAAACAAAUCUCCAUCAGACUUGAAAAGAUGAAGCAGAAUUUCCAGUUAAUUUAACUAUGAUGUACUUAACAUUUCAAGCAGUCACAGGAUAAAAACUGAUUUAUAAUUUAAAUACACGUUGGAAGUGUAACUCUUUUUUCAAAGCCUAAAAAAAUCCUAAAUAAUGCCGUUUAGCAAACAUUAGUUUUUAGGUGAAGUGAGUAUGUUUGGAUUCCUCUUUGUAUGGAUAUGGGGUUUAAAUGUGAAGUAUUUGGGAAGCUGAUCUCAUGUUGUGUGAAGCCAUUUUGAUUCCUUGAAUAAUUUGUAAGCGUUAAGUAAAUAGCAAAGCAGUAGUUUAAUUUAUUUUGUUAUAAUUUCAGUUGAUUAACAUAAACAUGAGUGGUUUUUGAUAUACUUUAAUUAAGUGGUUAACAUAAUAGCCAUUGAAUAUACUGACCUUUCAUUUUAGGGAAAUACAGAACUUGUAUUGUUUCUUUAUGGAACAUUAUAGUACUAACCAAAAAAAGUGAGAAAAGUAGUGCCUUGGGAUGUGUAGUCAAGAUGAGGAAAAUUUAAGGUUUGGAAAGCUCUAACCAGGCUUAGUGAUUAUUUAAGUAGGUUGGUUCUGGAAAAUGUUUGAUGGAAUAAAAUGUAUGUGAUGAUAAGUGAAGACUGGGGUGGUAUGAAGUUCGAUAAAAGGAGAAAGAUGGAAGAUGACUAGACACUUUUAAGGAACACUGUCAAAUUAUAAAUCCAUUCAAUGGGUUGUGCAGCAGAUUUACAUUUAGUCUAAUUUAGACUUUGAGAAUUUAACCCUAGUUUUAUAUUUUAACAGAAGAUGUAAAUUAAAAAAAUUUAUUAGCCUGUG